AUGCCACGCCGUCGUCAAUCCAAUCGCCGAACCUUCAAACAUCCACGCACCCAUCCCAAGAUGAAACGCACUGUAUCUUCACGUCGGGGGCUCCUCAAUCAUGAGCCACAACCUCUCAAUCCCAAUAUAUCUGCAUUGUGUCCAGAUGUAAUCGACGUCAGCUCUGCCACAGCCAGAUCGAUGAUUGCAAAGAUCAACACGGAACACGAAGAUAGAUACUUGGAUUUCCAAAGCGCUGGUGAUCAACUCGAGCUUCUGAGGCUCGAGACCUUGCGUCUCAAGAUGAUGGGGUCAAUGGAUUCCAAUUCCCAUGCACCUAAUGAGAUGCCAGCACAGCAUACGACUCCCAUCUCAACUCAAAGCUUGGGAGAACCUGGUCCCACCGUCCCAAACUCGAUGCGAACUUCCAUGCGACCCCGUGCUGCAGUCCUGAGCGAAAGUGAAAUCAGUGUUCUUGAUCUUGGUCCCAGUCUGCACUCUCCCUACCUUUUAGCUCGAGCUUCCCGUCGCAACUCAAUCUCUACAACCUCUAAUCACGGAUUACUCGGCCUCGCUCGUACCGCUGCUCCCAACUUUAUGCUGGGGCCUGCCAGCGACAUUUCUGACAAACCAUCUGACUACCGCCUCCGGACAGAUGAUCUUGAAUCUGUUGCUCUCACUUCCGCCAGUGGCUCCAUCAACAACGAGUUCCCUCUGAAUCUACGUCAACGCCGCCAGAACCGAGCUAACGUCACACUUCCCGGGCCCCAUGAGCUGCAAACACAUCGCGUAAACCGUUCAUCUACCAUCAGUGAGGCUACUCAUGGUAUGAGAGAUCAAUUUGGCUUUGAGAAAAGCCCUGCAUUCUUCCCUGAUGAGUCUAGUCGCCGGAUUCACUCGCUCUCUGUCCCACAGUCUCCCGAGUCUCCGCCCCUGCCACCCCUGCCUACUCUACGACGUGCUCAGAGCUCAUUCAACGGAAUGGAGCCGGCAUUUUCGGCUAUGCGCAUUGCGGAGCGAGUGCGACGCUCACGCGACGCUGCAGGCUCUCGGGAUGCCGAUAUGCAGUGA